GACUUUCGUCGGCCUUCUUCCAGAACAGAAUGCGACGAUGGCUUGAAUAACGCGCUUUAACUCUUAGCUUGUAGCACUUCUAUUAAUGUUAUAGAUGGAUGUGGCUCAGGGCGUGAGCAGAGCUUUAGAAUGGCCGCUAAAGUCGCCUUCGUCGCUCGACGACUGGGCGACGCCGGAGGAGCUUGGCAAACUGAGGGCCGUGAGCAGGACGUGAACGCACCCCCAUCAAGGGGCUUCUCUCAGGAUGAGCUGUACCAAGAAGUGGUCAGGCCCUUCGUGGAGCGUUGCGUGCUCACCGGAUUGAGCGCCUCCAUCGUCACCUACGGCGGCUGGGGCAGUGGCAAAUCGUACACGCUGGGCUCGCUGGAGCCUCAGCAGCUCACGCUUUCGCCCAAUGCGGCCAACGCGAACGCUGGCGUAAUACUCAGGUGCCUGCAGCAGCUGUAUGAGCAGCUGGGGCACGGCGCGGCCAUCGAGAUCACGUGUGUGGAGGUGCAAGGCGAGGACGUGAUGGACCUGCUGGACCCCAAGGCGGGGGCCGCCAUGGGCCGCGUGCCAGGGGCAGCGACUGGUCAGGUGGCAUCACCGGGCGCCACGCGGAGCCCCAUCGCAGUAGCGGCGGCAAAGCGCAAGCCAGUCACGCUGGAGGUAGCGCGCAGCCUUGCGGAGGCGCUGUCGAUCACCAAGCGCGCGGUGGCCUACCGGCAAGCCUUCGUGACGUCCACGCGGCACAGCAGCAGCCGGACGCACCUGGUGCUGCAGCUCCGGUGGCGGGUCUCCAACGACGGCACACUCACUGGGUCAAACGUGGGUCCCGGCAUGCUCACGACAGCGGGCUCCAUGUCGCGCCGGCCGUACAGUGCGCCGCCACGGGCCACGCCGGGUCUAUUGCCCACCAUUAACAGCGGCGUGGUCAGCCUGAACGGAAUCGGAGCGGGCACUGGGCCGGUGUGCACACUCACGCUGGUGGACACAUGCAGCUCCUGCCCGCUGCUGCCGGCAAAGGAGGCUUCGGCUGUAAAGAAGGGCCUUCUUGCGCUGGGGCGAGUACUGGGUGCCAUGCAGCGGCGGGAGGCCCUCAUGCUGCGUGAGAGCAAGCUCACUCGGCUGCUGGAAGGCUCCCUGGACCAGGCGCUGCUGCUGGCCUGCCUGAACGGCGCGGACGACGCCGGCACCAUCCAGCUGCUCAGGCUACUUCAGCACGGCGCAAGCCGCGACGGCGCCAACCGGCGCGUGCGGCGCGUCAGCUCAUCCGACUCGGCGCGCAUGUCGGCGGCCUGGGACCCGGCUGGCACGCCCAGCAUCCGCUCCUCCGUGAGCCUGCGCUCCUCCAUAAACGGAGGGCCCGCAACGUACGGGCCCGGAUUCACCUGCACGCCGUCCAAGCAGGCAGCUAUGGCGCGGGCGUCGACUAUGCAGACUGUGCGCCAGGCGCCGCCGAACGGGGAGGCUGGGUUGCCUUCCAUGAGCACGCGGACCUCGUCCAGCUUCGCUGGUGCCUCGCCAGCCCACGCGUCUGGCUCACGCAUUGGCCUGGGUGGGGGCCUAGUGUCGGCUGUGGGCUCGUCCACAGGAGCUGCGGUAUCGGGGCGGAUACGUGCGAGGCCAAUGCCAUUGGAGGUGCUAGUGGCGGGAGGCGCGGGCUCCGAGCAGGCGGUGGGCGGUGAGGAGGAUGACUCAUUCCCCGUCCCACCGCCCGGCAUUCCCGUGGUCGGCGGCAGACUCAGUGGCACUGCCACCACUGCCUCCCCCGGCGGCGAUAGCAUGGGAAGCCCUGGACCUGCGGUGGGCAGCCCGAUUCUCAGCCCGGUCUCGGCACUGCCCUCGACGUCGCCCGGCGCCAGCGUUGCCGUGGCGAGCCCGGGCUCGACGCCCGCGUACGGCCGGUCCCGCAGCAUCUCCAACAGCGGCAUCCCCACUGGCCCUGCCUCAGCUCCCAACACUGCCAGGCUGAGGGGUUCGGUCUCCAUGAUGUACCGGGGCAGCAUGGCAGCGUCUCUGGUAGCUGACAGCCCUGGCGGAGCAGGCUCAGGCGGGGCAGUGGGCAUGGUCAGCCCAACGGUGUGCGGCACGCGGCAGCGGCUGGCGUCUGUCACAGCGCGUGCGGCGCCGCCCGAUGUACGACGGUCCAAGGGUUUCUCCGUGUUGGCCGGCAAGUGGGGUCCCCCACCCAGCCCUCCAUCGUCUGCCGGCAAGCAGGAGCCCGGGUUCCCUGUGCUGCCCAUGGUGGUUGGCGCGGCGAGUGCAUCCCCCGGCACGGCGGCGCCGACUGGACGCACGGCAGCUUACACACGCAGCCCUUCCGGCAUCCCGUCUGCACAUGGGCCGGCAGCAGUAGCGCUGUCGCCCCGGACCACCGCAGCAGCUACACCAGAGGCCAUCAAGAGCCCCGUGAUAUCACCGGCAAGCGCUGCGCCCGCCGUGCCACCAGCGCCUGCAGCGCUUUCAGCCGCGGCGACCGUGCCACUUGCGCUACCAGCUGCAGCCUCCGCUGCCGACGCCCCCAACGUCACCCAACCAGCAACCAGUGGCUUGCCGGCGGAGGUGCUGGCGGCGGCGGUGGAGUCAGGGCAUCUGGACUCAGCUGAUGAGGAGCUCAUGCAGGCGCAUGCCCUGGCAGCCGCAGAGGCUGUAGCGUCCCCCUCCGCCUCGCCAGCGGGGGUAGCAGCUGCAAGUUCAGCCCUCCCCUUAGCAGUAUUUGCGCAGGCGAGCGCCCCUGGUGCCGCGGCCAACGCCGACGCACAACCUGCAGUGCUUGAACAGCCCGCUGCGGAUACGGUCACACCUAUCAAGAGCUCCGCGAUUUCAGCUGCCAUAGUUGUUAUGCCUGCGAGCGCGACUGCAGGGCAGGAGCCACAGCCAGCAAUUGUUGCUGCAUCGGCUCCACCUUCGGACCCUUCGCUAACGGCGACGCAAAGCCCGCGGACGCCGCCACCCGCAUCAACAGCACCAACAGCACAAGCAGCGGCAAUGGCAGAGGCAGCCGCGGCAAUGACUGCCACUUCCCCAACGCACAUCACGCCCCAGCGCACUACCCUCAGCCCUACGGGUGGCGGCCUCUCAGCAAAGGCCGCGCUGGCGGUUGUGAUGCAGAGCCGCGGAACACCAACGGUGAAGCGGCGGUCUGGAAUCCCGACUCCGCCUGGCAUGACGCCCACCUCGCAGCCACGCACAUCUCCAACAGGGUCGUCGGCAGCAGCUGCUACCGGACCAGCGAGCGCCUCGGCCGGUCAGACGCCGCCGAACUCCGCUCGCGGGGCUCCUGCCGGAGCCACGGCUGCGGCCGUGGCCGCUCCAGGCUUGGCCGUGGCAGCAGCAAGCGCACCACGUCGGCGAUUGGUAUCGCCCAGCAUCGCCGGCAUCAGCACCGUAGCUGCCAAUCCUUCCGGGCUGACGAUGUCCGCCUCUACUACGCCGCGCCUAGCCAGCGUCGGCAGCGGCAACAGCAGCGGUAAGCGGGGCCGCGUGUCCAUCGCUCAGGUGGGCCAACCCACGGUGCGUGCAAGCAUGCGGUACGGCAGCUCGGCACAGUACGAAGUCGGCGGCAGUGAGGGCGGCGCGGAGAUGAGUGGGGCGGCGGGGGCUCAGUCGGUGGCCGCCGGUGCCUCUGGAGCUGGCAUGGAUGCAGGGGCAGGGUCGGGGCAGGGGCAUCGGCAGCAGCACCCAUCACUGAGCCCUGGCACGGCGCCGCUGCUGGACGCUAAGCUUGGGGGCAGUGGCGGGGGCUCGCGGUCUUCAAACGGAAUGCGGUCGCCCUCACCCAUGCUGCGCGAGCGGCGUGCCUUUUGGCUGGCCGUGACCCGGCGGUCGCGCAGCGCUUUGCCCAGGCCCAUUGCGGAGAUGGAGGGCAUGGAGGGCGUGGAUGACGACGUGGGUGGCAUGGAAGGCAUGGGGCCGCUCACCGCAGCAGCUUCCUUGCGAGCUCGUGGCCGCUCCGGCGCUGGCCACGGCGGUGUCACACUGUCAACGCAGUAUCGAAGUCUGAUGUCCGACUUCCAGCAGUUUCGGGUUGUGACUGCAAACCGUGCCCCGCGGCGGCAGAUGUCUGCCAACGGCAGGGACCCUGGCGGUGCCGAGGUGGACGCCCAGCCCGCAAACCAGGCCGAGGGCGGCGCAGAGGCGGCGGCAGCGGCAGCACUGGGGCUGGGGCUGGGGCUUGAGGGGGCGGCGCACAUCAAGCGCAGGUUCGGUUCCUCGAAGCAGCUGGCGGCUCCAGACGAGUCACUGAUGGUGGUCGCGGAAGCGGUGAAGAACUCUGGGUUCAGCUCGGAGGCUGCUGGAGCAAUCGGACCCAGGAGCCCCGUGGUCGCUGGCACACCGACUGCGCGGGCGCUGGCCACGCCUCGGAGCACUGAGCGGUCCCUCAGCCUGGCGGCCGCUGCGGCGGCCGCAGCGGCAGCGGCUAGCGGCACGCCAGAUGACAGCGUCCUUCCCAGCCCCAGCCGUCAGUCAGGCACCCCAGCGGCGCUGUCGCCGUGUCGGCCACCGCGUUACCCGGGUGCGACCCCUUCGCCCUCCGCGGCGUCAGCUGCAGGGGCUUCUACGGCUGCUGUACGUGUCUCGGCCUUCGGCGGUUCCGUGCAGCCAUCGACUUCUGGGUCGCGGCCGCGGCUGACACUGAUUCCGCCCGACUCGCCGAGUGCGGCGGCCGCGGACCUGAACUUGCUUGCUACAGCCGCAGCAGUCCCCAGCCCGAGUCCGCGCUCUAUGACGCCGAGCAACCGGCGCAUCAGCAUCCAUGCCCUGGCGGGGUCGACGGUUGUGGCAGUUGGCGGGACGCCGCCCAGUGCAGGCGCACAUGCUGGCAGCAGCACCGCGGCAGCAACUUCAUCCGAUUCGCUGCGGGCCCUGCCGUCGCCUGCCGCAUCACCGUACUUGGCAGCUGUGCGCGGGCAGACGCCUAGGCGGCCGAGCCUUUUGGGCAUGCCAUCGGGCAAGACAGGCGCGCCAAGUGUGCGCGUCGCUGCUGGAGACGUCAGUGACAGCGUGGGUGGGCACGCCGCAACUCAUGAUGUGGGGAGCUCACCAGCCACCCCGGCGGCAGUGGCAGCACUUCUGCCGGGUGAAGAUGGGGACCUGGGCAGCAGCGCUGCAAAUGGCUGGCAGGUGGGCAGCGCUGGUGACGACUCCGGAGACGACAUGUUCGGUCCGCAGCUGACGCCUGGAGGGCCGGUGCGCAGCAUUCUGGGCCCAGGCAACCUUGCGGACCUGAACGCCAUGCUGCGGAUCAGCAGGGCACGGGGCACGCCCGGAAGUACACCCAACGGCGGCCAGCCCCGGGCCGUCAGUUUGGCAGUGACACCCAUGUCUGCGGCGGCGGCAUCCGCGACGGACCGUCCCGCGCGCGACCCGGGGUCUGGUGGCACGGACGGCGGCACGCCUCGGGGCCGCCGGCCCCCGAUGACGUCCACGUCGUCGCCGGGUGACCUGCCUUCACCGGGCGCAGCAGCCACCGCAGAUAGCACACCGCCGCGGGCGUUCCGCCGGGCGCUCUCUCGCGCCGGUGCGGAGGCGGAUGGUGUGAUGUAUGCGCCGGCCCUGUUGGUGGCGGCAGGUGACGCCCGGGGGCAGGCUGCGGAUGGAGUUGCAGCGGCGGUGCAGGGGGCGGCCGGUGAGGUAACGACGGGUGAGCCUACCUCAGCAGUGACGGAUAGCGGCAGCUUUGCAAGCGCUACGGGCAUUGCCGCGGCGGCGGCUGCCAUCACGCCAGCACCUGGCUUGCUGCGGGGGGAUGGCGGCUCGGGCGCUGCUACAGACAGCCUGAUCCUGUCACCGACCGGCAGCGGUGCUGCAGCGCACGGUGCCCUGGACAUAGUGGCGGUGGGAUCGCCAGUUCUGCUCAGCUCACCUCCCACGCUAGCCCCGCCGCUGAACGCUUCAGGCUCCGUCGGCCUGGGGUCCAGUCAGAGGCCUGAACAACCGCCGUCGGCGGCGUCACGGCGUGCGGCUGAAGGCAUCAUAGCAGGACCGAACGCAAUGGACUUCAACCCGCAGUCGGCCGGGCAUGCUCAGUCACGCGCGCAGGCGUCACCACGGGGACUUGGCGGCGGAAUGCACUUCGGGCCUGUACCAAGCGCUGGCACCGGCGCUCCAUCCAUCAGCUUGACGCGUGAGUCGUUGCUGGGCAUCGCCGGCGCGCACCAGGCCCACAACCUCAGCGUGGGCGAGAGUGUGUUGUGUGGCAGCUGCAACCUCACACCAGGUGACCUGGCAGCAGUGAACUUGCAUGGCGGACGCGUGGCCUCCCACGCCACUGCCGCGCACACCGACUCGGUUCAGGCCUCGCCUGGGGCCGCUUCGGCGCCAGCGACAGGGGUGGGGCCUGCGACCGACAGCGCUGCUCCUGGCGUUCUUGAGACUCGAGCUGGAGCCGUUCCUUGCGCGGCCCCGUCAGCCAGUACCGUGUUGGCACACUUCACGCACGUUCCGCCCAGUCAUUCAGAUCUGGACGAGAACAGCACCGUUCUGGUGCUGGAGAGCGAUUCCGAGCUGGAUGCGGCGGAGCCGGUGGAGCCGGACCACUCCACGCACGGCGGCGCCCCGCCGGGUGCAGCAGAUCACGUCGAUAUAGCAGCUGUACCACCGCCGCUGGGGUUCCCACCAGCGCCGCAUGUGGGCGCUGCGGCGGCGCUGCAUGGGGAUGGGGAUAUCGGGUACAGGCCCCUGCUACCGCCCACCCUAACGCCAGAGCCGUGCACGCCGGGCCAGUCCCAGCAGGGCACGCCGCAGAAAGGCCAGCAGCAGCAGCAGCAAGGGACCCCUUCUCCCCGCCAGACGCCCAGAUCGGUCCGCGAGCGCAUUGCAGCUCUUGAGGCGGCGCAGGCGCAUAGCCCCACAGCAACACCCGGGGCCGUAUCUCGCAGCCACAUUACUCACCCACGCGGCUCAACGACGCUCAGCCCGGUCUUGUCAGCGUCGCAUUCUUCCAACGCAUUGCCGACGCCAGCGCUUGCGCCACGGACGGCCUUGAUGGCUGCUGCUACUGCGUCUGGCGUUGUCGAUGUCCCCGGACCGAUGCCCUCGGUCGCCGAGCGAUUGCAAGCACUUCGUAGUUCCUUUGGCAACCGCGACUCGCAAGAGCGACAGCUCCAGACGCUAGGUUCGCACGGUGCGCACCGCGAGGGCAGCGGCACGUGGCUCCCCUCAGCCACCAGCGCAGCGGCGACUUCCACGCCGCACAGCGCCCGCGAAAGCGCUGCGCACCACAUGGCGCGAGACGCAGAUGGCGCAGGGCCCGCUCCCGGCACCGUCGCGCAGGUGGCAGCAGCGCUCACCACUGGCAGCAUGUCAAACGCAGACAGCCCCCAGACGACAACUAGUGCAGAUGUUACGCAUGGUGCAGCGCCCAUGGCAGCUGCACACCACCAAUCUCCGCAGCCUGCAGGCCUGCAGCAGCUGCUGGGGCCGGUUCCUCCUGCGCCGCCGCGUCAGCUGAGCGCAGGCGGAGCAACCAGCUGGGGUAGCGGCCGCGGCUCGUCCACUCCGAACUCCCCCAUGGGUGGCCUGCAUCUGCAGCCCCUGCCAGCCGUUGGAUCGCCAAGCGUGGCAGAGCUUACGGUGCGGCCUUCAUUGGGGCCACCGGUCGGAGGCCCCAGCCCCGCGCCGGUGCACACCGCGGCGGUGCAGCAGCUGGGUAGCUCAUCGCGCACCGCCGAUGCAUCUAAUGCAGGUGCCAGUGGCCUGAGCCUGGGCGGCGUGGGAUCGCCGUUGAAGUCACCAAAGGACGGUGGAGCGUCACCUGUCCUCAACAGGCGUGGCCGCAGCUCCAAUGGAGGGGAGGGGGAUGAGGUAGAGAUCAUACCGCCACCGGCGUACCCGCCCGGCUUCGUGCACUGGGCAACGCGGCUAUUUUCUGGCGGCGGGGCUCCUGAGGACCAAGUGCCGCCUGCGCAAAGCUGAGGAGGGCUGUGACUUUACACGAAGAUUAGAUAACAGUAUAUCAGGGAUGACGUUAGACAUAUUGCAGGUGGUUUCAUAAGGGGCAAGUAGCGUUUCGCAGGUGCAAGGCUUCGUGAUGCCAAGGCGUGAACUGCAGUUCAGUCAUCGCUGUAGCAGCUUGAUAGCUUGGGAGAGGGGCAUGCAGGAAUGCAGCGAUCAGGAACAGAGGUGCCCGGAUCAGGAAGGCGAACACUAGCUGUGCUGGCAAGCAGUAGCCAUGUCACCAGGCAGCACCAGCACCUGGGCAACGCUUUGGCCACGCGUUUGUGCGACGUGGCAGCAGUAUGAACUGUACUUCAUCAGCAUGGUGUGUGCCGCACUUCCAAGUACCAUGGUGAUGCUACGCUGUGGAUGCAUUGCCUGCCUAUGGCGAUGUUCCCAGAAGAUUACGGUGGAUUCAAUGCCAAGCCCUCACAUGGUGCAAAUACGCGGCGUUCGGGAGGUUAUGCUGGUGUGCUGUGCGACGCCAAGCGGGGCAGAUUAUGUCUGGAAGUGCAGGGGCUGCGAUGCCUGUGACCGUUUCAUUCCAGUUCACGAUGAGCCAGGAUCCGCAGCCUGGCCGUACUUGGUGUAGGCUAGACGCUCCGGGGACGCAACAGGAUUGGCUAAUGCCGAUAGUGGCAGCAGUCGGAUUGCACGGCUCCUGCAAACGUUGAGAUACACCGUCCUGAGUGGUCGUCUGUCCUAGGCGCAAACUCAACACAUUGCUUCGGCGUGUGGGGACGCCGCGUUGGCGAGAGCCACGGAUGGCCCUAAUACUGUGGGGGCAUGUCGCACCCGUGGAGGGCACUGUAUAUUGUGAAUGCCUGUAAACGUCAAAUUAU